AUGGUUUCGCUGACGGUGAAGGUAGCAGGCCUCUUUGCAUUUGUCUCGCUAACUCUUGGAGUGGGAAACGAGCAGAUAUCUCCGUUGACUUCUAACAAAUUGCCUGGCGAAAGAUUCCCCUAUCAGAAUACGGUCUUCAAGAUUUUACUUGACACAAGAACCUCCAGAAAUAGUACUCCAUCGUAUCGGAAAUGCGUUGCGACGUUAUUCCACGUAACCAGCACUUCUGGUUUUCUCGUUUCAUCGGGUCGCGAGUUUUUUCUCAAAUCUUUCGUCCUGAUCCAUCAAAACUCCGUGUCUAUCAUGUUGAUGAACAACGCUUCUAAAACGAUAAUAGUAAAUCCGAUUUCAAUUCUUGUACGUCGAAAAGCAGCUUUGUCCGCUGAUUUCGAUAUCACCGUGAUCAAAAUUUCCCGACUAAAUUUGGCGUCAAAUUUUUUCGAGUCUCCUGUUCCCAUCGCCACAUCGGGGGAAGAAGCCAACAUCGGUUUCAGCUGCAAAACUCCAAUACCGCAGGGGCAACCGUUGUUCUGCCCAUUGUCCCAUGUGGGACCUACGAGAAAACAGACCACCGUUCUUGCUGGCAUCUCCUCUGCCCAAACGUGCUACGCCGAAUCGCGUUCCAUUAGCUUGUAUGGGAAGAUUGCUCCGCACGUCGAUUGGCUAAAUAACGCAGUUACUAUCUUGGGCAUUGCCAAACCUGGAUCAUGCAGUAUCACAGAAGAUCAGCGAUUGUUCAACUCAAAUAACAAGGAGAAACCCCCUUCUUGCUUUUGGCCAUCGGAUUACAGUGGCGAACGAAAUGAAGCGCCCGCUGACGCUUCGCUGCUCACCGUUUAUUCGCAAGACGUUGUUGGGUUUGGCGUUUAUGUCGACGUUGAAAACGUCAACAGAAAUGAACAUAUCAUCGUUGCUCCUGCACAUUUAUUCAUAAGCUAA